AUUUCCCCAUGUACACACACAGUACAUAAAUCAUGAGUGGCUUGCAGAAAGAGCGAUUUUAGCGGCAAAAAAUGUAGACGUUGACAAUUUAAAUCUGAAGAUACAAAUGUUGUUGCCAGGGAACUUGGUAUCAUAUAAAUCUAUUGAUACAGUUUGCGACGACAGCGAAGCAGUAAAUUUUCCCACUGAGUUUUUGAACUCACUGGAUUUGCCAGGCAUGCCACCGCAUAAUUUACAAUUAAAGGUUGGAUCUCCAAUUAUCUUGCUUCGUAAUUUGAACCCGCCCCGGCUGUGCAACGGUACGCGACUAGUCAUUCAAAAAUUAAUGAAAAACGUGAUCGAAGCCAGGAUUUUAAAUGGCAAGUUCAGAGGUGAAAAUAUACUCAUACCACGGAUUCCUAUUAUACCUACAGAUGUGCCAAUUCAAUUCAAACGUAUUCAGUUUCCGAUUAGAUUGGCAUUUGCAAUGACUAUCAACAAAUCCCAAGGUCAAACGAUGUCUGUUUGUGGAUUAGAUUUGAGAACACCAUGUUUUUCACACGGACAAUUAUACGUGGCAUGCUCUCGAGUGGGUAAACCAUCCAGUUUGUUUGUGUUAGCUAAAGAUGGACUAACAAAAAAUAUUGUUCACGCUAUAGCAUUAAGAGAUUGAUAUUGUUUAAUAGUGUUACUGUCGUAAU